CAAGCAAGAAGAAGAAGACAGAGCUUUAUCACAAGAAAGACCAAACUGUGAACUUAUUGUCUGAGAAAAAAAAACAAAUGGGAAGCGAAGGAGGAUCAAUAGUGAGGAAACCAAGGUUUCUAUGUCUCCAUGGGUUCCGUACGAGCGGAGAGAUAAUGAAGAUACAGCUUCACAGAUGGCCUAAAGCUGUUAUCGACAGACUCGAUCUCAUGUUCCUAGACGCACCAUUUCCUUGUCAAGGCAAAUCUGAUGUCGACGGAAUCUUCGAUCCUCCUUAUUACGAGUGGUUCCAAUUCAACAAGGAGUUCACUGAGUAUGAGAAUUUUGAGAACUGUUUAGAGUAUUUGGAAGAUCGUAUGAUCAAGCUUGGUCCCUUUGAUGGUCUCAUUGGCUUCUCUCAGGGGGGGAUGUUGUCUGGGGGCUUACCAGGACUGCAAGCUAAGGGACUUGCACUCCAGAAAGUGCCAAAGAUCAAGUUUAUCAUCAUUAUUGGAGGAGCUAUGUUUAGAUCUACCGAGGUUGUGGAGGAUGCUUAUUCGCCUUCCAUUGAUACUCCCUCCCUACACUUUCUAGGAGAGACUGAUUUCUUGAAACCUUACGGAAUCAAGCUGAUAGAGUCGUUCAAGAAUCCGGUGGUAGUCCAUCAUCCCAAAGGCCACACGGUCCCCAGGCUUGAUGAGAAGAGCUUGGUGAAAGUCACGGCGUUCCUCGAGACCAUAGAGAACCUGGUGAUGAUGGAGGAUGAAGACAAGGGUGGUGAAGAAAUCAAUUGUACGCCAAUAUAGAACUUAUCUUAUACUGCUCUAAGAUAUAACGAAUAAUUCUUUACAAAAUAAUUCUUUAGAAAAUAAUCCGUAAAAUGACUGUAAAUGAUUGUUAAAAGUCAUUAUUACCACACACACAAUAAUAAUAUAUAUACACAUUUCAU